AUGGACAAAGUGGAGCGAGUGAUGAAGAUGGUGAAGAGGAUGUCGCCGAGGAAGAAGAGGAGAGAAGGAGGAGGAGGAAGAGGAAUAGGAGUACCGGGCGAUCUGGAGAGCCCGGACACCCUGUGUGACGAACUCUGCCGCUUCAGCCUCUGCAUGAGCGAUGACGGGCCAUAUGGAAAAACAAAGGAUAUCUCUGGACCUGAACACACCAUGGCCUCAAGAAGACACAGUAUACCAGAAGCUCUGCGGGGGGUGACCAUGGUGGAGCUGGUGAAGAAAGAAGGCAGCACACUGGGCCUCACCAUCUCAGGAGGUACCGACAAGGACGGGAAACCACGGGUAUCGAACCUACGGCCAGGAGGACUUGCGGCUAGGAGUGACCAGCUAAAUGUCGGUGACUACAUCAAGUCAGUGAACGGCAUCAAUCUGACCAAACUACGCCAUGAAGAGAUCAUCAGCUUACUGAAGAACGUAGGAGAGAGAGUUCUCCUGGAGGUGGAGUACGAGCUGCCCCCAACGGCACCAGACAGCACCUCAGGGGUUAUCUCAAAGACAAUCGACAUCUGUUUGCACAAAGAGGGGAACAGCUUUGGUUUCGUCAUGAGAGGUGGCACCCAUGAGGACUGGCACAAGUCACGCCCCCUAGUGGUCACCUACGUGAGGCCAGGAGGCCCUGCAGACAGAGAGGGCACGCUGCGUCCUGGUGAUCGUCUCCUCAGCGUGGACGGCGUGCCGCUGCACAACGCCAACCACAGCGACGCCCUCAGUGUGUUGGCUCAGUGUGGACAAGAAGCCCUGUUCCAGAUAGAGUACGACGUCACUAUCAUGGACACAGUGACGAACGCCUCCGGUCCAUUAUUGGUAGAAAUUGCCAAGACUCCAGGAGCAACGCUGGGUAUCACGCUCACAUCAGCCAGUCAUCGAAACAAGCAGGUCAUUGUCAUCGACCGAGUUAAACCUGGCAGCGUGGUGGACAGAUGUGGAGCGUUGCAUGCCGGAGAUCACCUGCUGUCCAUAGACGGCACAUCGACAGAACACUGCACAGUCCUGGAGGCGACGCAGCUACUAGCGAGCACAACAGAACUAGUCAAAUUGGAAAUACUCCCAUCCCACCAAACAAGGCUAACUGGGAAGCAGCACGACACUGCCUUGGUGUCGGCCAGUUUCUCUCCCGGGUCUACGACCACGUCGGGCCCCAGCAGCCAGAGCUCCAGCACGCUGCCCAGGCCUACAGUUCCCAUGAGUCCAAGAAACUCGCUGCUCAAACGAAGACAGAGAAAGAAAGAACACAAAAGCUCCUUGUCCCUUGCAUCCAGUUCGGUGGGUCCAGGCGGUCAGGUGGUUCACGUAGAGACCAGUGAGGUCAUCCUAACAGGUGACCCGCUUAAUGGCUUCGGUGUCCAGCUGCAAGGAGGCAUAUUUGCCACCGAAACACUAUCUGCACCCCCGCUCAUCAGAUUCAUAGAGCCCGACAGCUCUGCAGAGAGGUGUGGCCUGCUGCAGGUUGGAGACCGCCUCCUGUCAAUCAACGGUAUCCCAACAGAAGACGGCACACUGGAGGAGGCCAAUCAGCUUCUCCGAGACGCUGCGCUGACCAAUAAGGUCUCACUGGAUAUAGAGUUCGAUGUAGCAGAGUCAGUGGUGCCUAGCAGUGGUACUUUCCAUGUCAAACUGCCGAAGAAAAGAGGAGUGGAGCUCGGGCUCACCAUUAGUGCCAGUAAGAAGCAAGGAGAACCCCUCAUCAUUUCUGACAUCAAGAAGGGCAGCAUGGCUCACAGAACAGGAACAUUAGAGCCUGGUGAUAAGCUGUUGGCCAUCGACAACAUCAGACUGGAGAACUGCUCCAAAGACGACGCGGAGCAGAUCCUCCAGCAGUGUGAGGAGCUGGUCAAACUAAAGAUCCGCAAAGAUGAGGACAACUCAGAUGAGCAGGAGACGUCGGGCAGCAUCAUCUACACAGUGGAGCUGAAGCGGUACGGAGGCCCUCUGGGUAUCACCAUCUCAGGCACCGAGGAGCCUUUUGACCCCAUCACUAUAUCUGGCCUAACCAAGAGAGGCCUGGCCGAGAGGACAGGGGCUAUUCAUGUAGGGGAUAGGAUUUUGGCCAUUAACAGCGUCAGUCUUAAAGGAAAGCCUCUGAGUGAAGCCAUCCACCUGCUGCAGAUGGCUGGAGAGACGGUCACCCUCAAGAUAAAAAAACAGCUCGACGAUGCGGAGGAGAGGAAAGCAGCAGAGGCAGAGGACACGACAGAGAACGAGCUCAGUGACCCUGAUGAGGAUGAUUUGACGGACAGCCAGCAGACCAAUAAGCUCUCAGAGCUUUACUCCACAACCAUACCCAGUGUCGACUCCGCCAUGGAGUCAUGGGACGGCUCAGGGAUGGACGCCGGCUAUGGCAGCCAGGGCACCUACAGCCACCAGGCAGCUGGUAUUGCCCUGCACCCUCAUGAGUGGCGUAGCGCUAAGCAACAACGCAGCACCACGCCUCCUCCACGCCGGAAGAACUACCCCUUCAGUGACGGAGGCUUCAGUGAGGAUGACUGGGACAAACCACCAGGAUUUAUCGGCCAACCACCAGACGGUAUUCUGUUGGAUCCAGAAGACAGUUUCUGGUGUCAGGCGUUGGAGGACUUGGAGACCUGCGGCCAAUCAGAACUGCUCAGAGAGAUCGAGGCAUCCAUUAUGACAGGCACAGCUAUCAGUCUGGGAGUAGACGGUGUCAGCAAGCCUCCAGCUGAGCCCAUACUGAGCCACAACAGGAUGAGCCCGUUGCGGAGAAAUUCCCUCCUGCACCAGGGAAACCUGCUCCACCAGGGUACACACCUCCACGAGGAGGUCAACCUGCAUGAGGAGGCCCAACUCCACCAUGACGCCCACCUGCACCAGGAGGCCCAUUUCAACCAGGACGCCCACAUGCACCAGGGAGUCCACAUCCUCCAAGAGAACCAGUCCCCUCUUAUGCACCACGAUCCCAAACCCAAGGCGUCGUUGAGAGUGUCGGAGAGGACGUGGGAGUCUCGUCGAAUUAAAGAGGAGAUGCAGGGGAUUUUGUCUCCAACACCUCUGGAGCUGCACAAAGUAACUGUGAUAAAGGACCCAGAAAGUGAUGACUUUGGCUUCAGUGUGUCAGAUGGCUUCUUAGAGAAAGGAGUUUACGUCAACAUGAUCCGACCUGAUGGACCAGCUGACAGAGCCGGGCUCAAACCCUACGACAGGAUCCUGCAGGUGAACCAUGUAAGGACAAGGGACUUUGACUGCUGCCUGGCGGUGCCUCUGAUCACAGAAGCCGGAGACAGACUGGAGCUGGUCAUCAGCCGCAACCCACUGGCCAUCAAUGACACAGAGGACAAUAACAACACCUUAGAUCACCCGCUAGACCUGUAA